AUGGAGUGGGAUAGUGACUCGGAGUCUGAUCUGAGCGGCGGCGAGGAGGAAGAGGAAUUAGGGUUUAUGUUAAGGAAAAGCGGCGGAGGUCAGCUGCCGUUCCCGGUGGACACGCUCCUGCAGCCGGCGCCGUGUGGUUUUGUUGUUACGGAUGCUUUGGAGCCGGACAACCCCAUUAUCUAUGUUAAUUCAGUGUUUGAGAUGGUUACUGGUUAUCGUGCGGAGGAGGUCCUCGGACGUAAUUGUUGGAAUUUGGAAUAUUUUGUGUUCAUCGCUGCUGGGUGUUUGAUUAUGGAUGUUAAGCUGUGUGAGGAUGACCUACCAUUCAGCCGUUUCUUACAAUGCCGAGGCCCGUUCGCCAAGCGCAGGCAUUCCCUCGUGAACCCCACCGUCGUCGCCGAAAUCCGAAGAUGCCUCGACGAAGGAAUCGAAUUCCAAGGAGAACUCCUAAACUUCCGCAAAGACGGCUCCCCACUCAUGAACAGACUGCGCAUGACCCCCAUAUACGGAGACGACCACACCAUAACCCACAUCAUCGGCAUACAGGUUUUCAUCGAGGCCGCCCUCGACUUAGGCCCCCUCCCUGGCUCUUCCGCCAAGGACCCACCACCACCACCUUCCCGCCGCUCUAACCGCUUCCGUUUCACCACGAGCCCGAGCAUAUCAUCCCCAGACGGCGUAUGCAGCAUCAUGCAGCUCAGCGACGAGGUGAUCGCCCUCAAAAUCCUCUCCCGGCUCACGCCGAGGGACAUCGCGGCCGUGGGGUCCGUCUGCGUCAGAUUCUACGAGCUCACGAAGAACGAGGACCUCUGGCGCGUGGUCUGCCAGAACGCGUGGGGCACCGAGACGACCCGC